UAAAUAAUAGCAGGUGGCUGGAAGCUUAUCAUUUGAGGCUGACCCUAAAAGCAUCGUUUUCAAAUCCCAAUCACAUGCUACUCUCUCUCAUGACCAAGGCCCUCUCUAUUUAACCCCCUCCAUCCCUCUUUCCUUCUCCACACACAUCAUUUCAAACAAAUUCCAUUUUAUUCUCUUCUGCAUACUCCUUGUCCUAGCCCAUCUUACCAUAUACAUAACAAACCAGUUUCUUCCCUUCCCUAAAAACAAUAUCUUCAUUAUUCUUUCUAAUCUUUCUUUUUUGUGUUUCCCUCAAAAAUUUGGCUGCUAAAUAUUGUUCAAAACCUGUCCCUCUCAAUCUAUUUUUCGAACUUUUACCAUACCAAAAAGUCAGACAUACACACAUGUCUAACUCCUGCUUUAACGUACCGACCAUGUUUCAAACAUUUGGUCCUGAGGACCUUUUCAGUCGUCGAUGCAUAUGGGUGAAUGGACCUGUGAUAGUUGGUGCAGGUCCCUCAGGUCUUGCUGUUGGCGCUGGCCUUAAAAACGAAGGUGUGCCAUUCAUAAUCCUUGAACGAGCAAACUGCAUUGCCCCUCUUUGGCAGAGAAGAACUUAUGACCGCCUUAAGCUUCACCUUCCUAAACAAUUUUGCCAGCUACCCAACUUUCCAUUUGCAGAGUACUUCCCUGAAUACCCCACCAAAUAUCAGUUCAUAAACUAUCUUGAAUCCUAUGCAAAACACUUUGAUAUAAACCCACAUUUCAAUGAGACGGUGCAAUCUGCCAAGUAUGAUGAAACUUUUGGUCUGUGGCGAGUCAGAACCAUUUCAACAGGCGGGCCUAAUCCUGUUGAAGUUGAAUAUAUUUGCAGGUGGCUUGUAGUAGCCACAGGAGAGAAUGCAGAGAAAGUAGUUCCAGAAUUUGAAGGCUUGCAAGAUUUUGGUGGCCAUGUUACACAUGCUUGUGACUAUAAAUCUGGUCAAAGUUACAGUGGAGAGCGUGUUCUAGUAGUUGGCUGUGGCAAUUCGGGCAUGGAAAUUUCUCUGGAUCUUCGUAACCACAAUGCAAAUCCAUCAAUGGUUGUUCGAAGCUCGGUCCAUGUAUUGCCAAAGGAAGUUUUUGGUAAAUCAACUUUUGAAUUGGCAAUAACAAUGAUGAAGUGGCUACCCCUGUGGCUUGUCGAUAAGAUAAUGCUCAUUAUUGCGCGUCUAAUACUUGGAAAUAUUGAAAAAUAUGGUCUGAAAAGGCCUUCUAUAGGACCUUUAAAGCUCAAAGACACUGCGGGAAAGACUCCUGUAUUGGACAUUGGUGCAUUACAGAAGAUUAGAUCUGGAGAAAUCAAGAUUGUCCCUGGGAUAAAAAAGUUCUCCAGGGCCAGAGUUGAGCUUGUAAAUGGAGAAACUCUUAACAUCGAUUCUGUUAUUCUUGCAACUGGGUAUCGAAGCAAUGUUCCUUCAUGGCUCAAGGAAAAUGAAUUCUUUUCAAAUGAUGGAAUCCCAAAGAAUCCAUUUCCUAAUGGGUGGAAAGGCAAGGACGGGCUAUAUGCAGUUGGGUUCACAAGGAGAGUACUUUCUGGUGCAUCUUUGGACGCCAUCAGUGUAGGUCAUGACAUUGCCAAAAGCUGGAAAGAAGAAACAAAACAGAAGAAAAAAUCUAUGGCAGCAAGGCAUUGAAGAUGCAUAUCACAUUUCUAAAACUCUAAGACCAUUUUGAAGUAAUAAUGUUAAGGAAAACUUUUUUUCUUACCUUUUUUUUAAAUCUGCUCUAGUUAUUUUAUUUGGCAAUUGAUUGAUCAGAACUAUGAUCAAUUUGUGUAGAAAAUAA